AUGACUAGUUUGAACAUGGCAUCUCGCACUGAAUUUCAACUCUCUCGCCCCCGUAGAAAGGCUAGAAGAUCCUGCUUGUAUUGUCAAAAGGCCCAUAAAACAUGCGGAAAUGAACGCCCUUGUGGGCAAUGCGUGAAGCGCAAAAUGCCAUCGCAAUGUGUCGAUGGAUAUCGCAAACCGCCUAAAUAUCUCAAUGAAGGCACGAAGAAAGUAGCCAAGGUUGGCUUGUAUAGUUGUGGUACUUCUCCACAGCAAACGCAACAUCAACAAGAGAAUAUUUUGAAUACCACAAGUUAUGACAACGAGAUCACUGAACAAGAAGCCAACGAUGAUGGACAUAUCCAACACCACAGAAGCGACUCAUUUGACGAAGUCUUUGAUGAAGUCAUUGAUUUAAACUUUUUCUAUACCACAAGAUCAAGUUUCGAAUUCGGAAACCAAGCUUUUGAGGGAAGUAUUGUUAAAGGAAAUGACAAUUUCAUGACUUUCAUCUCAGAUGCUGAAUACGCGACUUGGUCAGAGAGAUCUUCCAGCGUAUCUGAAGAUAGUGAAGUUGGGACGUCAUACCAACCUCCGGAGGACGGCUUUGGAACCAGCUUGGCAAAGCUACACAUGUAUGCAAGAGACGAACCAUGUUCCGGAUUUGCUAUCAGCAGUGGCUGGUCAAGUACAUUCUUUCCUCACGGAAUGGAAGAAGAACCCCAUGAUUUCUGA